CAUUUAGGCUUUGCACUGUCUCUUUAUUCUGACCCGGAAGUACUUAGUUAUUCUUUCCUGCUUCACAGUGGUACCUUGUAGCGCUUUGAAGGUGAAGCUCAAUCGCCUGUCUCACCGCUGCAGCCUUACCGGCGAGGUACUGAACAAGAACGACUCUCCCCCUUCUCCUGCUCCGUUAUAAUCAUGUCUAUAUUCGCCGAAGUACCUCAAGCCCCUCCAGUGGCCGUUUUUAAACUGACUGCCGAUUUCAGAGAGGACACUCACGCGCAGAAGGUGAAUUUGGGAGUCGGAGCCUACCGUACAGAUGACUGUCUACCGUGGGUCCUGCCCGUAGUGAAGAAGGUAGAGCAGAUGAUCGUGGAGGACAACAGUCUGAACCACGAGUAUCUUCCCAUCCUGGGUCUCCCUGAGCUCCGCUCUGCUGCCUCCAAGGUGGCCCUGGGAGAUGACAGCCCCGCCAUCAAGGACGGGAGGGUGGGAGCGGUCCAGGCGUUGGGAGGUACCGGUGCGUUGAGGAUCGGGGCGGAGUUCCUGAGGCGCUGGUACAACGGCACCAACAACACGGCCACGCCCGUCUACGUCUCCGCGCCAACCUGGGAGAACCACAAUGCAGUGUUUUCUGAUGCUGGGUUUAAAGACAUCCGCCCCUACCACUACUGGGACGGAGAAAAGAAAGGCCUGGACGUGACCGGUAUAAUGGAUGACCUGGAGAACGCUCCAGAACAUUCUAUCUUUGUGCUCCAUGCCUGUGCCCACAACCCCACGGGGACAGACCCCACACCUGACGAAUGGAAGACGAUCUCUGAGGUCAUGAAGAGGAGGAAGCUGUUUGUGUUCUUUGACUCAGCCUACCAGGGUUUUGCAUCAGGCAGUCUGGAUAAAGAUGCCUGGGCCAUCCGCUACUUUGUCUCUGAAGGAUUUGAGCUGCUCUGUGCCCAGUCCUUCUCCAAGAACUUUGGCCUCUAUAAUGAGCGUGUUGGUAACUUGACGGUAGUGGCCCAGGAUAAAGACAACCUGGCCCGUGUUCUGUCCCAGAUGGAGAAGAUCGUCAGGACCACCUGGUCCAACCCUCCCUCCCAGGGGGCGCGCAUCGUAGCCAUCACGCUCAACAACCCCGAUCUGUUCAUAGAAUGGAAGGGUAAUGUAAAGACCAUGGCUGACCGUGUAUUGUUGAUGAGAGACCAGUUGAAGGCUAAGCUCAUUGCUCUGGGGACGCCUGGCACCUGGGACCACAUCACUCAGCAGAUCGGCAUGUUCAGCUUCACUGGACUGAACCCUAAGCAGGUGCAGUACAUGAUUAAGGAGAAGCAUGUCUACCUGAUGGCCAGCGGUCGUAUCAACAUGUGUGGCCUCACCUCCAAGAACAUCGACUAUGUCGCAGAGUCCAUCCAUGAGACAGUGUCCAAAGUCCAGUAAGGCCCCGCCCUCCCUCCGCAUCCAGCUACUUCCUGCUUCCUGUCCACCACAGGAAGUACUGUUAAUUGUCACGUGUGGUCUCGUCAGGCACCCCCUUCUGUGACAACACACCCUUUCUCUAUAAGCAGUGCUUUAACCAUCUAUUGGUUGUCAAAUUUAGAAGAGCGAUUAUAUGACACGUGUUCACAGCAAUCAAUGUUAAUGAUCAACAGUAUAACUGGUUUGUGUCCAUCUUCUCUCCUCCUCAGAUUACUGAGACAUCUUUAAACAAUCUGAACGCAGACCUCUAGUCGAAGUAUUUCACUCUUCUGGCGAUCGUUAUGUUGCCUUUUAUUUAUUUUAUUGAGCCAUUUCCGCUUUUGGAAAUGUAUAAAAGAUGACUGUGUGCACUUUGGUUUUUAAAAUAAAUGUUUCAGAGCACUUGAAAGUGAGGCAUUGCCAGAA